GUGGCCCCGCUUUGUCAGCUGGGUAGGUGGACAUCAGGAGAGACAGAGCCGUAUCCAUGCACUAAUUAGUUGGAAAAUGAUCAUCUUUAUGAAAGAAAUGGAUUACCCUCUCAGAAACCAAUGUCAGCGCGUCCAGAACCAGGUGACGAAGGUGAACGCUGAGAAGGAGCGGGUGUCGCUGCGGUGCAUGAAGGCUCUGGCCAGCAGGGGGGGUGUGGACGCCGUGUCCCAGCAGAUGGCCUCUCACCCCCAGUACCUGGAGAGCUUCCUCCGCACCCAGCACUACAUCCUCCACAUGGACGGCCCCCUGCCCCUGCAGUACCGCCACUACAUCGCCAUUAUGGCUGCAGCGCAGCAUCACUGUGGCUACCUGGUGUCUCUGCACUCGGCCCAGUUUCUCAGGGUGGGGGGGGACCCGCUGUGGCUACAGGGGCUGGAGGCCGUCCCCCCUCGCCUGCAACACCUUGACCAACUCAACAAGGUUCUGGCCCACCAACCCUGGCUCACCGCCCGCUCACACAUACAGGCAUUGCUGAAGACGGGGGAGCAGUGCUGGUCUCUGGCUGAGCUGGUUCAGGCUGUGGUGCUGCUGGCCCACUGCCACUCCCUCUCUAGCUUUGUGUUUGGCUCUGGCACCGACGCCGACCCCGUCCCCCUCCACAUAGCCCCCAACGGCACCCCCCCGGGCUACUGGCUCUGUGACGCUGCCAACGGCAAUGUCAGCGCGCCUCCGCCUCUCACCACACCCUCAGAGCACACCACACGACGACGGUCUCUGGACUCCAGUUGUGAGAUGGUGUGUCUGAAAGAGAGGAUCCAGAAAUCCCAGGAGGAGAAAGAGAGGAGGGGGGAGUGUGUCCUACACACCCAGACACUCCAGCACACAGAUGUGGAAGAUGAGGAGGAGAUGAUCUACUCAGCAGACCCCUCUCGUUUCAUAACAGACCCCGAGUUCGGCUACCAGGAGUUUGCCCGCAGGGAGGAAGACCACUUCCAAGUAUUCCGGGUGCAGGACUACUCCUGGGAGGACCACGGCUUCUCCCUGGUCAACCGGCUGUACUCGGACAUUGGGCACCUGCUGGACGACCGUUUCCGCAGCGUCACGGCGCUCCCCUCAUCCCACGGGCCUGACCUGAAGAGAGCCAUCUGGAACUACAUCCACUGCAUGUUGGGAAUUAGGUACGACGAUUAUGACUACGGGGAGGUAAACCAGUUGCUGGAGAGGGAGAUGAAGCUUUAUAUCAAGUCUGUGGCCUGCUACCCUGACGCCACCAAGACCCCGCUGUGUCCCCUGUCCUGGGCACCACUCAAACCUUCCGAGAGGGUACGCACCCCACCUCAUACCAAUACACUCUGCAUCCAUAUAAAGCUGAACUAUAUACUGGAACUAAAUCUACUGGAGAAUAAUAGUUUUGUCCAAGUAAUGUGGUCAAAUGGGAUGCAAAGUGGUCAUUUGUGUUCUGUUUCCCCCUCAACCCCAUUCCAUCUCUUGCUCUCUCUUAUGAUAUCAUCCUCUUUUUUCCCCUCUUUUUUUCUCUCUCUCUCUCUCCUCUUAGAUCCAUGUGAACUUGCUUAUAAUGGAGGCUAGGUUACAGGCUGAGCUUCUGUAUGCUCUGAGAGCCAUCACCCAGUACAUGAUAGCUUAGGUUGGGAGGGAGGCACAAAGUUCAUCACCAACGGUACAGAAAGACCAAGCUAGAAGGCCGCAGGGUGGGAACCCCCUUACAUCAGGCAGGGAUAUGGGGAGGAGACUGGCGAUUCUGAGGAAGAAGUGUUGUGCAACUAUCUGUCCUAUUUCUCAGUUAAAAAUGGGACAAGAAUUAUAAUGCAAUCAUUUAAGAUCUAGUGGAAAGCUAUUUUCCAAAGUCAAAACACGCAACGCAAUUCCUCUUCCCCUCGCUCUGCCUGCUCAUUUUCCACUGUGCAAGGGUGGUCUGUACACUUCUCAUUUAAUGUAUUUUCCUCUUACAAAAUGUCUCUGCUCUUGAUGGUUAAUGUGCAAUUAUAUUACUAUUAUUACAAUAGAUAUGAAUUAUUUUUAUUCAUGUUUGUCUCAAUUCUGUGAUGAAAGCAGACGGUUGGUUCUGCAGUGUAGCAAAGAGAUGCGUACCCAUGGCCAACACAAUAACCCAUUUCUUUGUUUGUUAUUAGUCUUUUCAACUUUACAUUUGUUCUAAACUAAUUGUUUAUCCUUAUUGGAUUGAGUGGAUGUUUUGGAGAUAUUGCCAUAGUUUGUCUUGUUACAGUCCCUGCCAGUGUUGGUGUAGGUAGUUGGUGAGGGUGAUGGACAGUUGUUCAUUGUAGCUCUCUUAACAUUUUUGCAUUAGUACUGUAAGGUCAAGAACAAAUCAAGACACUGCAAGAUGGUAUCACACAACUAUAGUUUAUUUUAAAAGCACUUUUAUUUAUAUAUAUAUAUAUAUAAACAACGUAGCUCAGUGGCAGAGAUGAAGGCCAAAGUUGGUCUGAGUCUUUCCUUUCCGCUGUAUGGCGUCUGAUAGAAAGGAUCCUUCUUGGGUCCCUCUGUAGUUAGAUCAGCUGAUCUCCAUUCCUACAGUCACUACAUAGCCCCAGAGCGUUCUUGUGUAGGUGGAGUAGUGCAGAGCUACACAGGGUCCUAACAGAGGCCAUGGCCCCAGACCUGAAGGAGAUCACAAUUCACUUCAGUAUCUUAGAUAAACCUGAAAUCGCUACAACUAUUUAAAAACACAUUUUAACUUUAAUAUACACAGGGGUGGCCAAAGUAAUGUUUUGUAGAGUGACGCACAGCCGUAUGACUGUCAGUUGUUAUAUUGAUGUGCUCUGGCAUAGAUCAAAUGAAGGAAUCUCCAUUUCAAGGAAACCUCAAACAUCCCUAAAACUGCAUUGGUCAGCAGCACUCUGAACUGGAAUAUUGCAACAAAAAAGUCCCCAAAAGUGACCUGCACUGGGUUUUGAAUUGCUGUUAAACAUACUCUACUAUGCUACAGAAGAUGUAGACUACGGAUCAAAUGUCAUCAGUGGUCUGUGUAUGAUCUUGUGCAUGUGAAAAGUAGGUUUGUCUUUCAAUUAUUUAUUUGGUGAGCUUUAUGACCUAAAAUAAAGAUGCUGAUGCAUGGUACAAUUUGCAGAGCAGAACAAUGUGGGUACUGCAAACUAGAUUUUAACCUUAUUGAAUUCUUUUUUUUUUUUUUUUUUACACUUUUUGUAAACUUUGCAUCACAGUACUAUGAUUGUUGAGCCCUUUGUUCAGUUGCUGGGUUCGCUGCUAUAUCCUACCUGUUGUGCUGCACCCUGAAUAUUUCAGCGGCAGUGAGGUUGACGACUCUUAAUGGGCUCGACCGUUUUAAAUGACAGGAGAGGGAAAUUAAGAAAGAAGGAAGUGCAUAUCAAUAGAUGCAAAAGAAGCGCUUUUUAGUGCAGGUGCCUUUAGGCCAAACUGGACUGGUGCUUGAGUGAAUAGGCUAGUCUACUCUGGGUUGAGUGUGGGCCUCAUUCGAGCAGACUGCCACACUGCCUCCUCUGGAACAGUGUUCUGUGGCCCAUAUAGAACUCCCUGUGCCAUCACCGCUGGACACAUGGACACUGUUACUCUACUUGGAGUACUACAGUCCUCAUUGGCACCUUGUCAACACCUCCAUGACAUUGUUAUGGCUCCAAAUGCAGGAGCCAAAGCGUUUUGUGUUCCUGUCUGUCUGAAGCUUCUGACCACCUGGCCAAGGAACUAAACGAUAGAGCCACUGACACAAAGUUGGAUGUUACAGUUGUUCAAUAUUUACCACGUAAAUGAAUGGACAAUAUAAUUGAAAAAAAUGUCAAACAUAAUUGAAAAAAGCAAAAAAAAAAUGUUUUUGGGAAAUGUGAAGACUUAUUUUUUCUAUAAAGAUGUUCUAUCAAGUGA